AUUGUUCAAGGCAUGUCCAAGUUGUCCACCACAUCUCAGAUUGGGGUUUUGUCUAUGGUCACAGUGGCUUUUUGUAAUGGCUUAAUCAAUGCCAUCUUGAAAGAAAAAAUAAGAUUCAGGUAAGUAACAGAAUAUUUCAAUUUCACAAUACUUUUUAAAAUGAUUAAUAGAUAAUAGUUUUUUUUUAGAACUGUCGAGGGUAUGAGAAUCACUUUUGUUAUGUGUAGAGCAUUGUUGUCAUGUUUGAUAGGGAAAAGAUGUUAGUUAGAGAUUUUAUGUGCAGCCGUAUCGUUUGUGUGAGAGUGUUGUGACGUAAUUGUGUAGUGGGAAGUGACGCGUUAUUUUUCGUUGUGUUUUGAGAAGAUAGAUGGCGGAUGUGCUACAUUGACGGUUUUGAAUUGAAUACUGCUAAGUGUUGUGCUGAGAAAUUAAGUAUCAAACAUAGUUUGGAAAUUGCGGUUAAUUAAAUGAAGAGUUGUGCUGAAAGGAUUGGAUUGUUACUCCGACAUUAAGUAUCAACCUUGGUUUGUGCAUUGUGGUUAAAUAAACUUCUGUUUACAACAAACCGGUUUGGUGACUGUUGCUGUAUGAUGUACUGCCGAACGGAAUGAAGUGAAAGACUUGGCCAUACAGAAGAAUCAAUUCUCGACAAGAACAAUAUUUAUCAUUCAUUUUGGCUUCAUUUUUUAAUUGACUGAAGAAAAGAAAUCUUGUGGUAACAUGAUACUUAAUGGUAAUAAGGUAACUUACUCUCCAAGUGUCACUUUGAUCGCUGUGGGUGAACCCAAGGUUAUGAUAUAACACAUACACACUCAUGGAGAUUUGAAGUACCACAAAGCUGUGUGCUGGGCCCUAACCUCUUGUUUGGUCACUGUUGCACAGCCAGUGACCAACACGUGAUGCUGGCAUCAUUGUUCCCGAGUUUCCUGUGUCAGGCUCAUACGAUGCCACCCGCUCAUUUUGAAUUGAUAUAGAGGACUUGUAGCAAACCACAUUAGUUCUGAGUGAUUUCACCGGUCUUUCUGGCAGCUUUAUAUUGUCCUUUUUCGUCCCCAUCUUUUGCUAUCAUAUUCUCGGAACAAAUAAAAAGAUAUAGUGCUCAAGAUCUGAUUUCCUUGGAUUUUUAAUCUAAAUUUAAAACUGUAUUGCCACCAACCACUCAGCCACUAAGCACACGGCUACAAUCUAAUCACACAAAGCGAAACAAUUUAUGUGUGUACUUUCAGUUUGUGGGGAGCUGUACAACUUGGCAUGGACUUUGAAUAUGUCAACCUCCAACUUGGCCAGUUGCUAACCAAUGAGGAGGUGAGGCAGAGUGUUACUGAGCUGGCCAUUUUUCAGCAGAUGCAGGGCAUAGUUCUG